CAAUCCUUGCGCCUGGGGAGGGGACGCUGGAAUCCGGCAGGAAAGAUGUUCACGGUGCUGACCCGCCAGCCCUGCGAGCAAGCGGGCCUCAAGGCCCUCUCCCGCACUCCAGUGGUCAUCGCCUUGGUGGUCCUGAUUGUGAGCGUCGUGGUCCUCGUGGCCAUCACCCUCAUCCAGAUCCACCAGCAGGAGGUCCUCGUCCCGGGACUGAAGUACGGAAUCGUGCUCGAUGCCGGGUCUUCCAGAACCACCGUCUACGUGUACCAGUGGCCGGCGGAGAAGGAGAACAAUACCGGAGUGGUCAACCAGACCAGCAAGUGCAGCGUGAGAGGCUCGGGGAUCUCCAGCUAUGGGAAAAACCCCCAAGAUGCCCCCAAAGCCUUCGAGGAUUGCAUACAAAAAGCCAAGGCGAAGAUUCCAGCCCACCUACUGGGAUCCACGCACGUCUACCUGGGCGCCACGGCGGGGAUGCGCCUGCUGAGGUUGCAAAAUGAAACAGCAGCCAACGAAGUCCUUGCAAGCAUCCAAAACUACUUCGAGUCCCAGCCCUUUGAUUUUAGGGGUGCUCAAAUCAUUUCUGGGCAAGAGGAAGGGCUAUAUGGAUGGAUUACAGCCAACUAUUUAAUGGGAAAUUUCCUGGAGAAGGACCUAUGGCGCAUGUGGGUGCGUCCCCACGGAGUGGACACCACAGGCGCCCUGGAUUUGGGUGGCGCCUCCACCCAGAUAUCCUUCGCGGUGGGGGAGAAGGUGGAGCUGAACACCAGCGACAUCAUAAAGGUGUCCCUGUACGGCUACGUGUACACCCUCUACACCCGCAGCUUCCAGUGCUACGGGCGCAACGAGGCCGAGAAGAGGUUCCUGGCAAUCCUCCUGCAGAAUUCCACCACCGACACCAGCGUCACCAACCCCUGCUACCCUCGGAGUUACGUCACCAACUUCUCCAUGGGCCGCCUCUUUGACAGCCUGUGCACGGAGGACCUGAGGCCUGGAGGUUAUGACCCCGAUGACACCAUCACUUUCGAAGGAACCGGGGACCCCUUCCUAUGUCGGGUGAAGGUGGCUUCCCUCUUUGCCCCCAGAGCUUGCCACGACCGAGAAACCUACUGCUUUGACAGCAUUUAUCAGCCAGAAGUUAAAGGAUCUUUUGUGGCCUUUGCGGGGUUCUACUACACCGCCAACGCGCUCAACCUCACGGGCAGCUUCUCCCUGAGUGCCUUCAACGCCAGCACCUGGGACUUCUGCUCACAGGACUGGAGUCAGCUCCCGCAGCUGCUGCCUCAGUUUGAUGAGCUGUACGCCCGCUCGUACUGCUUCUCGGCCCACUAUAUCUACCACUUGCUCGUGAACGGGUACAAAUUCACCGAGGACACCUGGCCCCAAAUACAUUUCAAAAAAGAGGUGGAAAACAGCAGCAUAGCCUGGUCUCUUGGCUACAUGCUCACCCUGACCAACCAGAUCCCAGCCGAAAUCCCCCUGAUCCGCCUGCCCUUGAAGCUACCUACCUUUAUGAGCCUCCUUGCCUUCUUCACGGGAGUGGCCUUGCUGUGCCUGGCCUUCCUGGUGUACCUGUAUGUGAUGUCUAAGAAUCAGAGGCGCUCCCAGCAUGCUUUGGACCAUGCAGUGGAUUCCGAGUGAGCCGAGUGAGCCGCUGCAGGAGCUCGAAGGCUGCCCAGGUCCAGCCUGGGUGGCACCAGACAAUGCAAGUGAAAUGGCCACCUGCGGGAAACACCACCACAGUCCAAUACUUAGGUCAUGCGCCUCUCAGAUACUGAUGUUUGCCAAAGCACCUCCCGGGGAGUCCCUCAACCGAUCUGUGCACACUGCUCCUCAGAGACCCCACCACCCAACGCCCUCGAGGCCGGCUCUUUAUUGCAGGGCCCCAGCGGAGGAGGACGCAGAGAUUGUGACAGUUCAAUGUUGAAGAAUUGACCUCAGGGCACAUUUUGCAUCCUGUCCUCCCUUAGAGAUGCCGUAUUCCUCCUGGCACAGAUGCCCACUAAGCAUUUGACCCAAUCAGAUAUCUCACUGUAUGGCUUUCUGCCCACUGAUCCUCAACUGAGACUGUCCUUUAGCAAUCCUGUGGACACUGUGCUCCCUCAGGUAGGUAGAAUAUACGGGGGAGAAGACUGCUUUACACCCGGGAACAGUGGCCAUAGCUUCUGUCACGCAGGCAGAACGCACAGCACGUCUCCCAGAAAACAGCUGGCCGUUCCCCCAGUGGGGUUCCCUCCCGCUCAGGGCUCUGGUCGUUAGACCGCAGCCCGUGUCUGUGUCACUAUCCUCCCCGCCCCUUCACAUCGCUCCUGUCAUCCUAGAAAACAUUUGCUGCCAGCGAGGGUAUUGUGUCCCGGAUCUUUUUGCCUUCGUGAGGCUUUUGUUUUGGGCUCUCUUUCCAGAAAUCGUUAGCAUGGUGCGUACAUUCUGUCCACCAUUCCACAGGCGUGCUUGAUGCUGCCACAAGAUGUCCUAGUCUAUGAUUUGCUUACCCGUUACUUUCCUGGGGGGGUAGACCUCACUGCACAGCAGCCAUAGUUCUUGACUUUGGAGAAAGAGAAGGAAGCUGCAGGGACGUUUAACUCCUAAGUGGGAUGGGGGAGAACUCCGGCAUGUCCAGUGGCCACAGGCUAAAACUCAACAUGGUUUCAGAUUGUCUUGUGGUAGCUCAAUGUGGAAUAAAUGACGCGGAUUUUGUUU